AGGCGUAUCCAUGCAUAUAUGUAUUUCUCUUCCUCUCGUUAUUCCUAUCCAUGGGUACAUCUCUGUCGCAUCAAGAGGAGCUAUUCCUCCACCGGCAGUGGCCAGAGCUGCUGCAAGAUGCCAUGACAGCUGAUCAGGAAGCGCACGCAGCAGCUUCCUCCUACGACGCAGAGAACACACACGACGGUGACGAAAACGCAGAGGGCGAUGGCACACGUCCACGCGAACCGGCAGCCACACCCAAUUCAACAACGAAGAAGACGAAGAAGGGGGAUUUUCACCUUUCUUUUCAGGAGUGGCAGGCGUUCUUGUCGGUGCUGGAGCAAAGAGAGCCCAGCAGCGCCCCCUCCGACGUCGCCGCUCGUCUGACCGCCUCGCAGCUGCACGUACCGGUGGCGGCAUUGAUGGUGCACCUGUGUGCGUGGUGGCGCAACGCCAUCUCGACCGCGGUGCUGCGCGAGCGCGUAGAGCAGCUGGUACAUCUCGUUCACGACAUCCAACACGGGGAGCUCGACGGCGUGCCGAAGGACGAGCGAGAGGGCACUGCUGAUGGAGGCGGCAGUGCGAAUGAAAGCUCAGAGCAGGGCGAAACCGACGCCGGACCUGCGAGCCGCCGAGCUCGACUGGCGCGGUUUGUGAUGAAGAAAGUUGUGGACAAGGCGAGGCACCGUGCGCCUCCAGCUUCAUCGUCCGGCCGUGUCGACGGCGCGCCGCCGCAGCUGCUGCUGCUGGACGCCUUUGUUGAUUUGACCUGUCUUGUGCAACAGUUGCUGUCCCAGGAAACUCCCAAUGCGCAGACGAUAGACGACUCUCAAGGCGACAGAGUCGGCGUAUCGCCCACAAGCGCGCACGCGUGGGAGACGUUUGACCUCUAUGAGCAGAAAAUGAGCGAUAAGGACGCUCUCCAGAAGCGCCCCGUGCUGGCGGUGGUGAUGGUGCUCGCCUUCGCCAUCUCUGCCUCAAGGAUGCAGUCGCAGCCGCAACUUGCACUUCGUGCGCUCACACACGUAGAAGCGCUGCAGGCUUUACUUUUUAGCAGUAGCGGCGGCAAAAACUCCCUAAACGGAGAUCAACUCGCCGCAGCAACAACGGGAGCGGCAACGGCAUCUGCGCCGCUCGUGGCGCUGUGGCCGGUGUUCGGUGAGGUGGAGGUGGCUCUCGCGCACCGCCAGCACGAGGCGGACGUCCUGCGCUGCCUGUCGAGUGACGGAGACGCCUUGUUCAGCACACUGCGGCAGAUGCGCGAGAAGCGAGAAAUGCUACGCAGCGCCGCCGCACCGUCGGCGUCCGCACCUGCCCUGUCUGCGAAUGAGCGGUGGACCGGCGGGGCCUCGCAGUACAUCGGGCAGCGGCAUAUCUGGACGCAGCUGCGUUCGCACUUCCUGUCUGCCGGCGUGUUCGACGCAGACAAACCGACGGUGUUAGUCUUCUUCGGCCCGUCGGGCUACGGCAAGUCGGAGCUGGCGAAGCGCGUGGCAAGCGUGUUGCACGAAUGCCCCAUGUCCGAGCUGGAGUCGUCCGGGAAGAUGGUGUACAUUCACAUGCCGUCGUUCUGCACCAAGGACAGCAUCUACUCCCUCGUGGACCCGCCUGCGGCGCACGUCGGUAGCGGCAUUUUGCUCUCCGCCCUGCAAAAACAUAACGACGCGGUGGUGGUGCUGGACGAGUUUGAAAAGAGCACGGCGGAGUCCAUCAACAACCUGUGGCUGUCCGCGUUUCAGAAGAACGGCGUGCUGCGGUCGUUGAAGGAGGCGAGCCGGUCCGUGUCCACGGUGCGCACCACCUUUAUUCUCACUUGCAACAUCGCUGACAAGUCCAUCGCUUCUCGCGAGGACCUCUACCUUAACGCCUCCGCCGCGGACCAGGAGAAGAUUCGGAGCCUUUUCGUCACGCAGUGCAAAGACGUGUGCAGAGAAACGUUGGGCGACCCUUUCGUGAAUCGGGUAGACUACUUCUUCCCUUUCAUGCCCUACACACGAGCGGAGCGCCGCCAGUUUGUGUGCCUGUUGCUAGAGCGCCUGCUCUCCGGUCAGGCGAAGAAAGGGCGACACCUCUACCCUACCCCCAGCUUCGUGGAGGCCAUGGUGGACAAGCUGCACACCUUCCACGCGGCCACGCUGGAGGAGGCGGUGCGGUCGCAGGUGAUGUACAUGGUGCAGGCGGGGUGGACCUCCGCGGUGCUCACGGUGGAGCGUCGCAUCGGGGGCGAGGUAGUCGUCCUUUUGCCAACCACCACCACUUCAACCAAGGCGCCGAACGACCUCUCGUCAACUUCGGUGUCACGACAGGGUGCAGAUGCAGACGCCGAUGCCAGCGGCAGCGGCAGCACUCGCACGCAUUCGCUGAUAGAGGAGGCGUGGGAUGCGCUGCCGGGUGGCGCUGAGGCACUGCAGAAGUGGACUCGUGCGUCUUCACCAGCUGCAGCCGCUGCGCCGUCUCCACCACCGUCACCACCGCCAGUAGCAACGAAAGCUGAGGAGGUCCAAGUGGAGAGGAUAGCGGAGUCGCCUGCAGCAGUGAUUGGCUCUGCUCCUCCGCCUCGCCGUCAAGUUGAACAGUCGUCCGACUCCCUUUUACUCGAAAGAGAGUACGAGCACGAAUACGCAACGGACAAGAAAAAGAUAGUGGAGCUGGAAAAGGAGCUGGAGAGGACGCGCGAACUGGUAAAGCAGCGCGACCUUGAAAUUGUGACGCUCAAAGAAAAGGUGCUGCUGCUUCAGAAGGCGCUUGCGGUCGUUGUCUUGGCGUUGGCGUCGUGUCUCUGCCUUCUCGCUGUGGUAAUUGGGCUGAAGCUCACCCUGCUGUUUGCGCUCUCUAUGCUGGGUGUCGUUGUGCUGGUGCUUGGUGUUCCCCUUACCCUUCUUUUAGAGGCAGCUCGGGCUUUAUUUCGCGUGCUUGGCCCUUUUAAGAGUGGUGUACUGCUGCUGCUCAUGGCGCUUUGGACGGCAAAGGCAUCCAGGUCCAUCAUGUCAUGCUCUUAA